CACGACGUCAGAUUUGCUUGGCUCACUGUAAAGAGAAAGUCACAGGUGCUUCGUCAUUGCGUUAUUUAAAGUUCAUUUAUUACAGUUGCAAAUUUGACAAACGAUACUAGUAUUUACGAUAGCUUUUUUUUUUUAAGCCGAAGCACGCGUGCAAUCUAAUUUAACGGUGCUAUGCCGUUUAUUUAAAACGCCUUUGUUGUGCUACCUGAAGAGACGCUCCGUGGAAUAGAAUGAAGUUUCAACUGUUGCUGCCUCUGACUUUAGCGUUGACUGUGACCUUGGUGGUGGUCAUCAAAAGCCGCAAAUUUGAGCACGACAAAGUGGACAAACAGAAUAAAUUUGAGCUUAAGAAACUGAAAGUGAACGACGACGUGUUGGGAGACUUGCAAAAGGAAAAGAUUACCCUGGAGAACAAAAUCGAGACCGGCGAAAAGGAAUGGAAAGCUCUGAAGAAAGAUGCGCAGUUGAGUGAACAGACAGCGCAGAAGAAAAAGAAAGAGGUCGUAGCUUGCCAAGGAGCUGUGAAAUCAUUGAAAGACGGAGUGAUGGCACUACAGGUAGAUCUCAAAAAUCUCCAAGGUGAGGCGAGUAAAGAAGUGGACUCAUGGUUUGCCAAACUGGAAUCAUUGAGAAAGGAACUAGAGAUGCCUAGUGCAGUGUGCGCCUUUUUGAAGAAUGGAGUAGAUUCUGCAAAUAAAAUGUGUAGCAGUAAAGCAGAAAAAGAAAUGGAAGAGAAGCCCGAGGCAGAGGCCCCAAAAGCCGAGGAGCCAAAGGCAGAGGCCCCAAAGCCUGAGAAGCCAAAAGCAGAAGCCCCAAAACCACAGAAGCCAAAGGCUAAAGCCCCUAAAAAAGGAGCAAAGGGUCAAGGACUUUGACACUGAGUAGCACAAGGAAGAGGAUUCUAAACAUGGAAGAGACAAAUAGUUUGGGCAUUAGCACAUAAAUAAUGUGUAACAUUACAACUUUUGAAAUAUUUUCUACCAGUGUUGCACCCCAAUUGGAUAUUGCUAUUCAGUUUCAUCAUGUUAUUUAUUUUUGUUGAAUAAAUAGAACAGUCUUUCAGCAUCUGUUUGUUGCAAAUGUGAACAGCAUGUUUGAACAGAAUGGUUUAUUGUCAGAUAGGACAUUAGAUUUGUAAGGAGUACUCGUUUUACAUCCUGUCUGACUGGUACUGUAGGUGUUAACCUUCUCACGUAAAAAUCUUUUGUGUGAUCAUGGCUUGUAACAAGGAAAACAAAGUCGAUUAUAUACAAUGGAAGAGGAAAUGACCCACAGAAAAAGAAACUAAACAGCUAAACUUUUACAAACACUGUGCGUGUGUGUGUCUUAGUGUAGACGAACCCUUGAUAUCACACGUUUUCUGUUGUUGUAUUGCUCAGGACAUUACAGGUGUAUCUCGGAUAAUUACAAUAUUGUUCAAUAUUAUGAGUAUUGAGGCACCUGCCCCUUUCCCUCUGAUGUCCAAAAUGCCUUUUUGUAAUUUUCUGAUUUUUAUUUUUUGCUGUUGCACGAGUGUGUUAUCCUUCUGAAGCAUUUGUGACAUUAAAAUGUCAUUUAACUGAGCUGGGAAAAAUGUAUUAAAAUACUUUAUUAAAUGAGCAAUAAAGUCAUAAGCGUUUGACUGGAGGAGGUGUGAAUUACGGAGGGAAAUUGCCAAACUAAACAUACAUAUGACAGCAUCAAAGCUAUUUGACUUUACUUUUUAUUGCUUUUUGUCAUUUAACCUUUUGUUCCUAUUUGACUUUGCCCCAGCCCUGUACUCAUCACAUCUGUUUGAGUGAGUGUAUUAAAAAGUGGCCUCAGGCUCUCAAAUAGGCAAUCAAAGGGCUGUCAUUCCGCCCCAAUAGGCCCACAAGGUCAUUGCAGGGGUGCGUACAGAAAUGGAAGUGCCUGUGGUAGGAGGGACUGACUGGAGUGGUUAGUCAGACUGACUUGGUGAACAUGAGUAACUGAUCAUAAAGAGAGACUUUUAUGGUCUUUUUUGCAUUCUAUUUAAAGCCUCGCCUUUUAUCAGGUAUUCAAAGUCACUUCCAGGACAAAGUCUUACCUUGCUAUGAUGGAAGCUCUAGUUGCAAAAAUGUGAUCUCACACUUUGACACGUUGAGGUUGCCUCUCCUCAGGGUUUAUCAGUAUGUGUGUUCUGUAAAUUUGAAGAUUCUCUAAAUAAUAAUAUGAAAUAAAAAUGUAUAAAGGAGGCUAAUAUCCAUAUAUACCAUCAUAAAAAGACAGCAUUCAUUCAGUGUAUCACAAAAGUGAGUACACCCCUCACAUUUCUGCAGAUAAAAAACGUACAAAAAAAGCGUACAUCCCUAGAUGUCCAAAUUGAGUAUUGCUUGUCAUCUUCCCUCCAAAAUGUCAUGUGACUUGUAACAGGAGUGCUGUCAGCAUUGCUGCAGAGAUUGAAGAAGUUGGGGGUCAGGCUGAGAAUGCUCAGACCAUACGCCACACUCUACAUCAAAUUGGCUGUCGCUAUGCGGGCUUUCUUGUUUACCGUCUUCUGAAGAGGCUUCCUCGUGGGGUGACAGCCAUGCACACCAAUUUGAUGUAGAGUGGGACAUAUGGUCUGAGCACUAGUAGGCUGACUCACCACCGCUUCAAUCUCUGCAGCAAUGCUGACACCACUCAUGUAAUGAGUCACAUGACAUUUUGGAGGGAAAAUGACAAGCAGUACUCAAUUUGGAGAUUUAGGGAUGUACGUAUUUAAUAAGGGGUGUACUCA